UUGCCUUCGGACGCUCGGCACCUAUCUGGCUAAUGUGCACUGUCAUGUACUCAGCCUCAGCAGAGCAUAGUACGGUGUAUGUUAAGCUGGUUACGGGAACCGCCAUAGCGUGGUCGCUGUCGCACGUUGGGUUAGACUUAACUGAGUCUCGGUCAAAUGGAUGGACGACUUAGAGGCAAUGGCAAACAACAACAACCCUUUCAACCUGCGAUAUGUUCUAGAAAAGGAAAAAUUAUCUGGAACUAACUUUCUUGAUUGGGAGAUGAAUCUUAAGAUUGUUCUCGAAUGCGAGAAAAAGCUCUACGUCCUAACAUCUGAGCCUCCCAAAGCUCCUGAAGCAAAUGUCUGUGCUGCAGAAAUUACUUCGUACAAGAAGUAUGAGGACGACGCGCGAGAUGUAAAGUGUAUCAUUAUGGCCAGUAUGACCGCGGAGCUCCAAAGGCUCCACGCGGACAUGGAAGUGCGUCCUAUGAUACAAUGCUUAAGAGACCUUUACCAGGGUCAGCCCCAAAACUCAGGAAUUUACGUUAUCGAAGUCAAUAUGUCUGAUAUCCCCUCUUGGGUGAUGGAUACUGGAUGUGGUUCUCACAUCUGUACUUCUAUGCAGAACUUGCAUGAAUGUAGACAAUUGACGGAGGGAGAGAUACAACUAAAAGUCGGCAAUGGCGCACUCGUCUAUGCAUUGGCCGUCGGAACCUAUAGUUUAUCUCUACCUAGUGGUCUUAUAUUGCAUUUGAAUAAUUGUCUGUUUGUACCUAGUAUGAGCAGAAACAUCAUUUCUGUAUCCUGCCUUGACAAAGCAGGAUUUUCGUUCGUUGUAAAAGACAAAACUCUUUCUGUCUUUAGAAAUGAUAUAUUUUAUGCAACAGCACACACACUCAACAGAGUUCCAUCUAAAGCUGUCGAGAGCACACCAUACGAACUAUGGCUUGGGAGAAAACCGAGUUUCUCGUACUUUAAGAUUUGGGGCUGUGAAGCUUAUGUAAAACGUCUCAUGACGUCUAGUAAGUUGGGGCCUAAAUCUGAUAAAGUAAUUUUUGUGGGAUACCCCAAGGAAACUAGAGGGUAUGCGUUCUAUCAUCCAUCCGAUAACAAAAUUUUCGUUGCUCGGAAUGGAACCUUCCUUGAGAAGGAUUUUCUUUCAACUAUCACUAGUGGGAGAAAGGUAGACCUUGAAGAAAUUCAAGAACCACAAGAAGAAGUCCCGAUAGUGUUGGAACAUGAGCAAAGAGAUCAAGCAAUUGAACCUCAAAUUGCUCAAGAUAUACCAUCCGAUCCCUUGACCAAGCCUUUAGGAAAGCUAAAGCAUGAGGGUCACACUAGGUCCAUGGGAAUUCGACCGAUGCCAGAUUGGCCAUAGUGCAAGUGGGAGAUUGUUGGAGUUGUGCCCUGAUGGCCAACUGUUUAUCAUUAUUCUAUCAUGUAUAGGCAGAUAUAAUAUGUUUACACAUCUCAUGCUAAUGUAAACAAAUAUUAUAUUCCUAGAUUUAUAUUUAAAAGAUGUUUAUCAAAUAGUGUUUUUUCUGCUGAUGAGACUAACAUCUUGAAAUAAAUAUUUAUCUAAAUG